CUGUUCUGCUCCCCAAAGAAGACAAGCCUGUUCAACAUGGAGGUGGACUUCUUAGGACACCACAUAUCUGCACAAGGAAUCGAGCCAGAUAAAUCGAAGGUUGCAAGGAUACUUGACUGGCCGAUACCCCAGCGGGCAAAUGAUGUCUGUGCCUUCCUGGGACUG